AUGUUCCCCAGGGACAGAGCACGUGACGUGGACCGCGGCUGGGCCUGGCUUGUUAUGCCGGCGGCAAUCCUCGCUCAAAUCAUCAUUGCCGUGUUGUUGUAUAGCUUAGGCGUCAUACAGAUCGUCCUGCUAGACACGUUCGAUGAGGGACUGGUGAAAACAUCCUGGGUACUCAGUAUCACUUCCUGUCUCCUCAGUCUACCAGGUCCGUUCAUUGGAUUCUUGACAAACAUGACCAGCUGUAGAACGACCAUGAUGCUCGGCAGCCUCCUCAUCUUCAUGGGCUGUACAUCCAGUGCAUUUGUCACAAGACUGGACCACCUGUACGUCACUCUCUCCCUAAUGACAGGCAUGGGUGCGAGCAUGGUAUAUACACCUUGCUUGGUGGUUAUAGGGUUUUACUUCGACAAGUAUCUGAGCGUGUCCAUUGCUUUAGUUGUCACGGGUGGAGGAAUUGGUAUGGUAGCUGGGGCUCCGCUAAUUGGAUUCUUCGAGAAUGUUUUCGGCUGGCGUGGGAUGUUUAUGAUGUUGGCUGGGAUUAGCGCCAAUCUGAUUCUCUCCGCCAUGAUCUGCCGACCGAAUAGCGUGGAGAGGUCCCAUUGGGGAAAUCGUGCUGAUGAUUCCGACCCUUCAGGAGCCCUCAAGGAGAAACCAUCUCUGGAUGACCCUCCUUCUGCGCCGGGGUCUCGCUGGAAGAAAACGAUCAAAACUUCUCUGAAAGUCGUUCUUAGCGUGCCUAUGCUUUUGUUUUGCAGCAGUAUUUUUCUGUGGAGUAUAACCAUAUCAUUGGUGAACCUGUAUUUACCCAGCUACGUGGUGUUCAACGGAGCCACCAUGACACAGUCUGCGCUUCUCUUCACCGUCAUGGGCGUCUGUAACAUUGUCUCGCGACUUCUCGCGGGAUUUACCGUGGCCUUCGUGGACAAGUUUGUUUUAUACUCUGCUUCCUUUGCCGUAAUGGCCGUGUUGGUGACAGGGUUUCCCUUCAUUCCUCCCACUUUCACAAUGUCCAUGGCAUUUGCGGGUUUAAUGGGACUGUGCACAGGAGGACCUUACGUAGUGUUGACGUCAAUGACGAAAGACUUGGCCGGACUGGCGCACCUUGCCACAGCCUUUGGCAUCGAAAUGAUGGUAUCGGGAACUGGCUCCUUGAUAGGACCUCCUGUGGCAGCUCUCUUGGCUGAGUCUUCUGGGUCUUACCUGUGCAGCUUUGUGUUUGCAGGUAUCUCCUGUGCAUGUAGCGCAGUCUUGGGUUUCGUUCUCAUCAAGUUCAAGCACCCCACGGACGUCGCGGAGCUAGACAUUAACAACCCGGAGUGUGUAAGCCCUCCCCAUUCGCGGCCCAGCAGUGUGCUAUACGCGAGCCAGUUGUCUAUACCAGGAGUUCCGUCCCCUUACCUCGAAAUCAGAUCCAGAACUGUCCAACUGCAAGUUCCCAGCGCUGAUUAA